ACGGAGGUCAAAUUAUCUAAUAUUUAUAUACUAGAAUUUCUCCUUGCUCAGCUAAGUUAAAACCUCUGUAAAAGCCCUAUCCAUCCUCUCUCUCUCUCUCAAAACUAAAAUGCUGCAACCUUGCGUCCUUUCGUUCAAUGCUCCACCUCCAACUUCGGCUCUUUGUCCGUCACAUUUUUCCUUGAAAACCCUCCAAGGACCAAACAAACUAUUCGUCAACAAAAACUCUCUCAUAUCACCUCAAACCCACUCAAGAAGGCUUAUUUGCAAACCACCAGCUGGGAAGUAUCUCAGCGACGACUAUCUCGUGAAAAAGCUAUCUGCAAAAGAAGUCCAAGAGUUAGUGAAGGGAGAUCGAAAUUUACCAGUGGUCCUCGAUUUUUAUGCCACAUGGUGUGGUCCUUGUGUCUUGAUGGCUCAAGAACUUGAGAUGCUUGCUGUUGAAUAUGAAAACAAUGCAAUAAUUGUGAAGGUCGACACAGAUGAUGAAUAUGAGUUUGCACGUGAUAUGCAGGUUCGAGGAUUGCCGACAGUGUAUUUCAUAAGUCCAGACCCAAAGAAAGAUGCUAUCCGUACGGAGGGACUAGUACCAAUACAAAUGAUGCGUGAUAUACUGGAAAAUGACAUGUGAAGUUAAUAUAAACAGAGCUACACACUUUGGAGCUUCACAAUCAAAAUUUGUCAAUCAUGUGUUCUUGCUUUUCCGAAGAAAUGGUCGGAACUAGAAAUUCUGCGAAGCACCAUUGCAGCCUAUCAUUUUCUGUCUUGUCUUGUCUUGUAAAUUUUGAGAUGUUGAUUAUCGAUCUCUUUAUACAUUUCAGUAGAAGUUGGAAGAGGAUAAGGCAGAAAACAACUUGUAUCAAACAAUUGGGAUCAGCCAAGUUUUGCUGGGUUAUGCUUUCUGACUAUGGAAUCGAGAUUCCACCCUUCAAAUUAAGAGCUUUGAUCAUCCUUGCCAAUGUUGAGUGUACACAUAUUUUUCUUUUUGUAGUGUACAAUUACAUGGCUCUCCUUCAAAUAUACACAACGGUAGACACUUGUUUUGGAAAAUUUACAAAAAUGUGAAUGGGGAUCUCUUCAGGAUGUUUAUCAAUCAA